AUGACGACUUGGGACGAUUUACCGGACGAGAUGAAAUUCGAAGUUUUCGACUAUUUGGAGAAAAAAGAUCUGUGGGUUUCUAUAGAUUCUUCAGAAGCAGAUUCUGAAUAUUCGAUACUUUCAGCUAUAAAUACGCAGUAUGUUCAUUCGACUGCUUGCAAGAAAUUUUGCGAUAUUCCAAAGCCAUCAAAAUGGUCGGAAUUGAUGCAUUGGAAAAUUCUGACAUCGUUUUGAGAAUUGAUUUGAGUCAUCUGAAAUUGAUAUGCAAGCAGAGGGGCGAAUUUUGUGUGAUCGAACAUUGUGGCGAAACGAUUUUCAAAAUUGUUGGGGAUCAUAAACAUAUUGCGUAUCAGAUUUUUGAAACCAUCUUGGUGAAAUCGAAGAAUUUUUUGAAAGAGAUACGCGUUCAUGAUGUGAGUUAUUUUGAAAAACGUUGAAAAAUGGAAACGCGAAAAAUAUUUUUUUGAAAAAAAAAUUAUUUACAUUAGAAACACACCUCGGCCGAAAUCGUGGUUUCCACAAUAAAAAAAAUUGUACGCUAACUUUUUACAGUACAAAAAUUGUGAAUUUUUCCGUUUUUGUCCUUUAAAAAUUGUGAUUUUUCAAUUUUUGACCUCUAAAAACUGAAAUUCAGAUUUUUCCGAAAAUUGUACUCUGGCCAGCCACGGCUAGGCCGAGGUGUGAUUAGAAAAGUGAAUUAGAACUAAUUUAGAGAUGAAAAAUAGGUUUUUCUUCGAAAAAAACACUUAAAAAUCGUUUCUUCAUAUUGUUUCUUGCUUUAAACAGGGUUAGCCUGUGAUUUCUUCAUGUUUUUCAUGCAGAAACAAAAACCUCGAAAAUCCGAAAAAACAAAAAAUACCGUAGAUUUUGAAAGGCGCUACAGUUGAAACACACACAGGGUCUCGUUGCGACGAAGACUACGGUAUAUAAAAUUUUUCAAAAAAAAAUAUUUUUAAAUAAUUUUUGCAGGUUGAUUACAUGAUCAAAGAUGGAUUGGUUGAUAAAUUUCCAUGUCUUGAUAUGUUGUAUAUCCUUACUGAUAGCCUAGAUCAAGCAUAUUCAUUUUUGGCGAAAUCGCAAACGAUAUCUCACCUAGAUGUACAUAUUUAUAAGUCUUCUGGGAACAUGGAACAGGUUAGAGCUGCGAAAUGUUUUGUAAUCACAAAAUCUCUCUAUUCUAGGUCAGCAUUCCUGAAGAUUUGAAAUUUUUGGAACUUGCAUCAUUAAUACUUUCUUCGUAUAAUGCGAAAGUUGCCUAUGAUAUUAUAACGAUACUAAACACACCAGAAACCAAGUUUCUUCAUUCGGUACGCUGUUAUACACGUGGUACUAGAUCACUAAAUGUUGAUGAGAACCUGAUGAGCUUUUUUAAAAAAGCGAAAUGCUUGGAAACUUCAUUUCGUUUCACUAAUGAUCAAUUUAUUGAAUUGGUAUAUCGAUCACAUGUUGACAAUCUCAGAAGUGACGGUAGAUAUUUUGAGCCGUCCACAAUUGUCGACAUUGUUUUGGAUACAAUGGCAUGGACAUAUAAUAGUCUAGACUUGGAAUUGACAAAUGUUGAUGAGGGGAUUCUAGAGUUCGAAGAUCGAUUAUACUUCUAUCCGGAGACCAAUUCGAGAUUUGAACAUUGGAAGGAUAGGUAAGCUUUUUUUCUGGAUUUUUAUAUAUCAAUUUUUUUUUGAAUUUUCAGCAACAUUUGGUAUCGAAGGCCAGAAUUGCGUUGUAUUUAUUAUAGGAAUAAUAAAUUUUUCCGCUUCAACUCGCGUAGUGCCUUGGAUGGUUAA